AUGAAGCUCUACAUGCUUUCCAGCACCACCGCGCUGCUUGCACUGCUCACCGCGGCCUCGGCAUUGCCAGCAGACCCAAGCACCACUGUGCCACCGCCUAUCAUAACUCCAACAACCGGCCACGUCAACCAAGGAGAACAAGUGCCGCCUGAAAUCUCGAAGGAGGAGCAGGCCAACCAGUAUCUCUUCAACAUGACCUUGGAAUCGUUCAUUUCCCUCCGUGAUCAACGUUACCCAUCUUAUUUCUGGUGGGAAAGCGAUGGCUGUUCACAGUCGCCCAAUGCGCCAUUUGGAUUUCCCUUCCUCCCGGCCUGUUACCGUCACGAUUUCGGCUACGACCAGUACAAGCGUCAAAACAGAUUCACACCAGACGCCAAGAACAAAAUUGACCGCAACUUCAGAGCAGACCUGUACCACAUUUGCUCGGCCCCGGACCUCAAAAACGAGAUCUGCGAGGCAUGCGCUGAAGACCCAAACCGUGGGGACUUCGACUGCAAGCACAGGACCGACAUGUGCAAGUUCCCACAAGAGGAUGUUUGCAAAUGUCUUGGUGACAUCUACUACACUGCCGUCAAGGCAUUCGGUCGCAAACAAAAGUCGAGGUCGAGGGGACUUUUCCAUUUUGACGUCCCAUCAAUUGACUUGACACAGUUCGGACUUUGUCUGAACAAGAACAUGCAUUCGGCGGACGACAAGCCUGUCGACUAA